AUGUCGGGCCUGGAUCUAAGCCUGGCUGCUGGGGGUUGGGACAACGCUGCUGGAGCUUGCAACGGCACUGCUGGUGGCGCCGAAGCCACGGGCAACAACAGAAGGAGCGACACUGCUGGAGCUCGGGGCAGCACUGCUGUAGACACCAAAGUCACGGGCAACAACAGAGGGAACGCUGCUGGGGCUGGCAACAGCACUGCUGGUUACGCCGAAUCCACGAGCAACAAUAGAUGGAGCGACACUGCUAGAGCUCGGGACAGCACUGCUGGUGGCGCCGAAUCCACGGGCAACAACAGAUGGGACACUGCUGGAGCUAGGAGCAGCACUGCUAUACACACCAAAGUCACGGGCAACGACAGAGGGAACGACGCUGCUAGAGCUUGGAGAAGCACUGCUAGAAAAACCAAAGCCGCGGGCAACAACAGACGGAGUAACGCUGUUGGAGCUGGCAACGGCACUGCUAGAGACGCCGUACCAGGCACGAGGAACAAUAGAUGGAGUUCCCGAGCUGCUGGGGUAAAUUCCCAGGCUGCUCGACUGAGGAAUGGCCGAAGUGGAAAAGGCUUCAGCUCUUCCCCAGAGGGCGUUGGAGCUGGAUGCUGGGAAGCUAGGAGUCGGGGUGCCAGAAGGAGACAGCGAGACAGGAGUAGGGGUCUUGGUCACAGUCACGGUCUGUGGGGGUGGAGGAGGCAGAUAGGAUGGAGUCUGCACGGCAGGAGACGAACUCGCGCCAUCGACAUUGACCACAGAGUAGGAUGCCUGUCGUCGCACGAGAGUAUCAUUUGCAGGUUUGGAGACGAAGGGCAUCGCAGAGGCGACGCUGAGCGAAGCAAGGAGGAUAGUUGCUGGAGAGAAAUGCAUAUUGAAGACUUGUAA